ACGCACGCGCGCGUGUCCCCCUCCCCCCAGUGGGGUUUGGGGUUGAGUGGGGACAGCGGGCAUUGCUGGUGGAGCUGCUGCUUGGUCAAGAGGUAGAGAGUGCCUGUCCAGCUGAGUUACUCCAACAUUUUGCUGUCUAUCUCCCGUGUAAACCAGCGCCUGCACUUCCUUCCUACACAUUUUCGCCCCCUUGUUGCUUCAUCUGUUCCGCUUUCUCCUCCACCACCAACACUACUACCCGUGUCCGUCUCCAUGGAUUACUUGGUCACUCUCCAUAAGCGGCGUCUCGACGAGCAACCGGACAGCUGGGGGCAACCGGACAAGAAGCGGCCAUGCCAAAGACUGGAUGGCUGUUUUGAGAAUGAGAAUGACAUCUACACCCAACUAAAUGGGAGCUCCCUAGAACUGCAGAAGCAUGGUCAACCUGCUGGAACAAAUUGCAGUAUUUUUGCACAGCCUAGUAUAGACCAGUUAUCUUUUAUGAUACAACGAGACACAUUAAAGCCAUGCCCACGAUGUUUGGCAGGUGAAUCUGGUCAUAUUAAUCAUAUGAUAACUGGCUAAAGAAAAUAAAUGAGAGGAGUUUUUCAAACUAUUCUUCAGUCAAACAGAAGAUCAUCCAUACUGCCAUUAGAAGGAUCCUACACAAGAUGUCAUUCAACAAGAGAUGACAAAGUUACUUAAGUGAUAUUUUGUUACUAAUUUCAAGCCUCGUCAAGAUUCACCCAGUGGAAAAUUGCUGAUGUUAUUGUUCAAACUCUUGAUUAAUUAAUAUUGUACUCAAUAUUACUAGCAUGGACACAAUAGACCAAUUUGCCUCUCCCUGCUCCAUGAUCCCACGAACAUGGAAAAUAAUUUAUUUUCCAAUUAGAGGAAGUAGUGGCUAGCAGGGAAUUUUUCACCAAUCGAUGCCUAAAAUAACUUUGUAUUCUAAUUAAAUAAUGAACAUUUUGAGCAUUUUCUAUCACUAUAUGGAAUUGACGACACUGUUAAUGUAUAUGUUUUUUUAAUUGAUUUAGGAUGUUUGUAGCAGAUUGUUGCUUGAAGUUCUGAAAGAAUAAGAAAUGUUUUGAGCACUUUAUUCCAAGACAGUAAAUUGGUUGGAUUUUUGUCCAUAUUUUUCAAAUUGUAUAUGAUGGUUAAUGAUUUGCGGUAGUUCAUUUGCAAAUUAUGUAUUUACUUUUUUUUCUCCAUUUAUUUUAAUUCCUCUUGUUAUGCUGGCUAAUGGUUUAUCUAAUUGAGUAUUAGUAACUCUGCAAGUGCCAUUCUUUAUGAACUAAGCAGGUAAGCUUCAGGUAGUAGAUCACACGUUAUAGUAAACCUGAACAUAUCCACAGUUGGGCACGUUGCAGGAUAUUACUCAACCACAAAUGUGCUUUCCUGUCAAUUGAUGGUUGACAUGUUAACAUCAUGAGAAUUAUUAAUGUGAACCUUUGCAAAAGAAUCAUUAUUGUCCUCAAAGUCUGCAAUUGCAUUGACUUGACCCCUUUUUUUAAAAAACAUUGAAGAUCCAACAACAUCAUCAACAGGUCUUUGUUCCUGAUCAAUCAACUGCAGCGGCUUGUUACAUCAAAAGAUCGGCGAUGCGAUUUUGCAAUCUUCACUGUCGGAUAUCAACCUGAUAUACUCACCAGUGACUCAUUUGCCAUGCUUCAUCCCCAACACGGUCUAGCUAUUGUUGGUCUUGUCAUGGCCAACAUUAUAUGUGCUUCAGCUAUGUACCGAGGGGAUGACCUCUGAGAGAACACUUUAUUAUGUGGGGCAUCUCUCUAGGGAAAAUUGUAGAGUAAACCCCUUUGUUCUCUUCCAUGCCUGUCGUUGUUGGACCAGAGAGGAUGAAUAAACCAAUUUCAUGACUCUAGAGUUGCUGUGGCACACUACUGGACUUUUGGCCAAUUUGUUGAGUUCACAUUUAUAAACGGGGUGGUGUGAUGCCAGCUGGGAGGAGGAAAGUGUUCAUCCUUUCCCAGAGAAGGAAUUAACAUGAAUUGAAUUUUUAUUUUUAAACAAAAUAAUUUAUUCGUUGGUACAACGGUAGAGUUGCUGUCUUUCAGCACCAGAGACCAGGGUUCGAUUCUGACAACGGGGGCUGUGUGUACAGAGUUUGUAUGUUCUCCCUGUGACCACAUGGGUUUUUUCCCCACACUCCAAAAACAUACAGGUUUGUAAGUUUUUGUAAAAUUGUAAAUUGUCCUGGGAGUGUAGGAUAGUGCUAGUGUACGGGGAUUGCUGGUUGGCAUGGACUUGGUGGGCUGUAGGGUCUGUUUCCGUGCUAUAUAUCUAAUCUAUUUAACUGAAGGGUGGUGCUUAAAAAAUCGCCUACUACAUUUGACUUUUUUUAAACAAAGUCAGUAGGAAAUUGUACCUCAGUAUUCUUAAAAACAUUGAACAAUUUCCUUCACUUCUGUUCAAAUGAAUUCAAUUUGAAAACAUUAAUUGUUCAUUUCUAAACCUCAAUCCAAACACAUUUUCAAGAAUUGAGGGUACGAUAUAUCCAAGUACCUAAAAAAAAAUUGCAAUGAGAAGAUUUUAUUUUUACUGGGAAUUAAGCCACUGUAAUUCGAUACUUUUUUUUUUAAUCCACAUUUAAUGGAUAUUCAAUUGAUUUUGAGACUCUUUCGAGGUGUAAUUGAAAUGUAAGCUGAAAUAAAAUGGUAUUAUACAAGA